GCUUCUGUGGACUUGGCCAUUUGCACAGCACAAGCAGUGAUGGAUAACUCCUCCGUCUGUUCCCCAAAUGCAACUAUCUGCGAAGGUGAUUCCUGCCUGGUACCUGAGAACAACUUCAAUGCAGUUCUCAGUACAGUGAUGAGCACUGUGCUCACCAUCCUCCUAGCCAUGGUGAUGUUUUCUAUGGGGUGCAAUGUGGACAUCCACAAGUUCCUAGGACACAUAAAGCGGCCAUGGGGCAUCUUCGUGGGCUUCCUCUGUCAGUUUGGAAUCAUGCCUCUCACAGGCUUUAUCCUGUCUGUGGCCUCUGGCAUCCUUCCUGUACAGGCUGUGGUGGUGCUAAUUAUGGGUUGCUGCCCUGGAGGAACUGGCUCCAAUAUCCUAGCCUAUUGGAUAGAUGGCGACAUGGACCUCAGUGUUAGCAUGACCACUUGCUCCACACUGCUUGCCCUUGGAAUGAUGCCCCUUUGCCUCUUCAUCUAUACCAAGAUGUGGGUUGACUCAGGAACGAUUGUGAUUCCCUAUGAUAGCAUUGGCAUUUCUCUAGUCGCCCUUGUUAUUCCUGUUUCCAUUGGAAUGUUUGUAAAUCACAAAUGGCCCCAAAAAGCGAAGAUUAUACUUAAAAUUGGAUCCAUCGCAGGUGCAAUUCUCAUUGUGCUCAUAGCUGUGGUUGGAGGAAUACUGUACCAAAGUGCCUGGAUCAUUGAACCCAAACUGUGGAUUAUAGGAACGAUAUUUCCUAUAGCUGGCUACAGCCUGGGUUUCUUCCUGGCUAGACUAGCUGGUCAACCCUGGUACAGGUGCCGAACAGUUGCCUUGGAAACUGGAAUGCAGAACACUCAGCUGUGUUCCACCAUUGUACAGCUCUCCUUCUCACCUGAGGAUCUCAACCUUGUGUUCACCUUCCCACUCAUCUACACUGUUUUCCAGCUCGUCUUUGCAGCAAUAAUAUUAGGAAUUUAUGUCAUAUACAGGAAAUGUCAUGGAAAAAAUGAUGCUGAGUUUCUAGAGAAAACAGAAAAUGAAGUGGACCCCAGGCCAUCAUUUCAUGAGACAAACAAGGGAUUUCAACCAGAUGAGAAGUAGACAGUAUAGAGGGAAAAAAAAGUUUCCAGAACAACAUUCAUUAAACUAAAACUAAAAUUAUUUCUUUUGAUGGAAUAAUCAUAAGAAAAAUUUAAAAGUUAAAUUCAAAUUGAAAUUAUUGUUUUUGUUUAAAGGCACUAGUGAUCUAUUCUUUAGUGUGACAAAGAUCCAAAGAUGUGUGUGUGUGUGUGUGUGUGUGUGUGUGUGUGUGUGUGUGUGUGUGUACAUGAGUCAUUUUUUUGUAUCCAUAGUCAGAUUGGUCAAAAGAUAUUCCGUGAUUCCAAAUUCACAGAACCUUAAGCCUCUUUCAUAAAAAGGCAAAGUGUUUGUCUCCUAUAUGAUUCAUAUCAAUAUUAUCUUACUAAAAUAUUUAACAUGAUGUAAAUGUUGUGUAAAUAGUUGUUUCACUGAAUUGUUUAGGAAAUGAUGUUUUUGAAAGUCUAUGACAUUUUAUGUUCAGUAGAGAUAUCAUUGUUUUAGAUAUUUUUGGCUAUAGUCAAGUUAAAAUCACCUAUGUCAAACU